GCUUGUUCUAAUCGCCGCUAGGAAUCAUGUCGUGGAGGAACGUCAAUGCUGAAAAGGUGGCCUUGCUCAAAACGAUCAACAAGGUCAUCGACUGUCUCGUCAAUAUCAAGGAUGAGACGGGAGAAUUCCUGAUGACGAUUCCCGAUGGUCGGGUUAUCGAUACGAAGGGAUGGGAUGACUGGGAAUGGACUCAUGGUGUAGGAUUGUAUGGCUUGCACAAGUUGCAUGAGAUAACGGGCGACGAAAACGCGUUAGGCAUCGCUCUAGCCUGGUUCAAGGAUCGAUUCGAGAUCGGAACGACCAAAAACGUGAACACCAUGUCCCCUCUACUCACAGCCGCGUACAUCCACGAAGCCAAGCUCGCGAAUUACUACGUCCAUCUCGACUCCUGGGCGGAAUGGGUCAUGUAUGAUAUGCCGCGCACAGAAGAAGAAGGGCUUCAGCAUAUAACGUAUCUGGUGGACAAUCACCAGCAACUAUGGGACGACACGUUGAUGAUGAGCGUACUGCCGCUGACGAAGAUUGGACUCAUCUUGAAUCGACCUCACUACGUCGAAGAAGCAAAGCGGCAAUUCCUGCUGCAUAUCAAGUACUUGGCGGAUCCGCAGACAGGACUUUGGUUCCAUGGAUGGACCUUUGACGGGCGGCACCAUUUUGCGAAGGCGAGAUGGGGACGAGGGAAUUGCUGGAUCACAGUCGCCAUCCCGGACUUUAUUGAGCUACUGCAGCUCCCCCCGACCGACGGCCUCCGCAUGUUCCUGACCUCUACGUUGAAGGCACAAAUCGAUGCACUCGUCAAGCUCCAAGACCCAGACAGCGGAUUGUGGCACACGCUUCUCGACGAUCCAAGCUCUUACCUCGAAGCUUCGGCCACGGCAGGGUUCGCAUACGGAAUUUUGAAGGCGAUUCGCAUCCGAUUGAUUCCAAAGGAGGAAAAGUACAUGGCAUGUGCGAGGAAGGCGAUAGGCGCGGUGCUGGCAAACAUCUCGGAGAAGGGAGAGCUGUUGCAAACAUCAUUCGGCACGCCAGUGUUCGACGAUUUGGACGGGUAUAAACAGAUACCGCUGACUAGUAUGCCGUACGGCCAAAGCCUUGCACUUCUGGCGCUGACGGAAUGGUUGAGAACAUUCAUGUAG